AUGGUGCACUUUGACGCGAUUCGGGCUCCUCUACGCUCUCGGGCGAAGUGGCGCGCUACGUGCGUCUGGAAGUCGGAUGACAAUGACAUUCUGCAGCAUGUCGUUGAUCCAGCCUCCAAGAUGUCCAGUCAGCAGACACUCUACAACUGCGGUAUCGGAGGUAUUGGCAGCAGUGGCAGUGGUGAAUCGGGUUUUGUUUCCUGUCAUUCCUAUGGGCUUCUCUGCCUCCCUUUCCUUGCUCCUCCCUCUCGCUGUAAAUCGAAGUCCAGCGUCGAUUCUGCUCCUUCCCUUAAUGUCAGUGGUUCGACCUCGUCUGCUACCAUGAGGCAACGUCGUUGCCGCUCCUUGGAUCGUCUGGAUGCCGAGAUUGCAGCUCAGUUCCACAGUGAUGGGGAGUUUCCCAACAAUGAGGAUUACUCUGGUUACUAUCUCAGUGACGAGGACGACCUGAACAUCGAAUUGGAUCCAGCCAAGACUACACAUGAGGAAGACUUUUUGCCCUUCCUUGCCUUUGACACCCUCAAGCGUCCAAUUAAACUACUUCACAAUACAGGAGGUCUUCUGCCCGAUCUGGAGUUUCCAGACUCAGACAUCAGUUCAUGGGCACCGGGUGAUGUCGACAGCUUGUCAGUGGUGAAUGGACAUCCCGGCAAGGCCACCUGCAAUGCCUCCACACAGACCUGGUUUACAGGUGUGGUCACUUCAGCUGAGUUCUACCACGGGCCUACGUGUACACACGAACAGCUUCAAGUGGUGAAAGAGUGA